AUGCGCAUCAUCCUUCCUUCCUCCGCCAAAGCCUGGCACAGUCCUGGGAAUGGAGCUCUAUUCUCUAAGAUAUCAGGCCAGAGUCAGACUGUGUCAACACAAUGGAGGUCCUUUACUGCGCGUUCGAUGAAUUCCCACCGUCAUUCGCACCCGAAUCGCGACCUUCUGCUCGGCCGCCUUACCUGUCCGUCUUCGAUCGCGUCACGAGCACAGUCCCCUCCUUUACGGCAAUUCAGCUUCUCAAGGGCAUUGUCACAGGCGGGCGGGAAUGAAACUGUCAUCUUGAAGGCUGCCAAGUCAUACAAAGAGGAAAUGAAAGAGAAAGGCGUCAUCGAUAUCGAGGAUCAUGAGCCCGAGGACGAAGGUCAGGAAUUUACAAAGUCAGAGAAGGCCUCUGCAGCUGCGAAGGUCAAUCUGAGCGCAAAGUUGAGCAAAGGUGGAUCUGGAAAGCCAGGCGGAAUGAAAGAAAUCUGGAGGUUGAUCAAGAUUGCACGGCCGGAGAUGAAGACGCUAUCCGUCGCGUUUGUAUUCCUGCUCGUUUCAUCAGCGGUCUCUAUGUCUGUUCCGUUCUCCAUCGGCAAGAUACUGGAUAUUGCGACACAGUCCGAAGGAUCCCAAGAGAUGCUUUUCGGCCUGGACAUCACGACUUUCUAUAUUGCUUUGGCUGGCGUUCUAGCGACGGGAGCAGCGGCUAAUUUCGGACGUAUCAUCAUUCUGCGCAUCGUUGGCGAGCGCAUUGUCGCCAGGUUGCGUUCCAAGCUGUAUCGCAAGACCUUCAUUCAAAAUGCCGAGUUCUUCGACGCGAACAGAGUAGGAGAUCUCAUCUCUCGUCUAGGAUCGGAUACAAUCAUCGUUGGCAAGAGCAUCACACAGAACUUGUCUGACGGGCUUCGCUCCCUGGUUACCGGUGCCGCGGGCUUCGCAAUGAUGGGCUGGGUCAGUCUCAAGCUCACGGGGAUUCUGGCUUUGAUUGGCCCUCCCGUCGCGGUGGUCGCGUUCUUCUCGGGGCGAGCUUUGCGAAAUAUCAGCCGGAAGAUCCAGAAGAACCUAGGCACUCUCACAAAGGUAGCAGAAGAGCGGUUGGGCAACGUGAGAACGAGCCAGGCAUUCGCAGCCGAAAUCCAGGAAACCGCACGUUACAAUCGCCAAGUGAAAAGGAUAUUCGAACUCGGCAAAAAGGAAGCAAUGGUGGCGGCCUCUUUCUACGGAUCCACCGGAUUGAUGGGAAACUUGACGGUCAUCGCUGUCCUAUAUGCCGGAGGAAGCAUGGUAAAGUCCGGAGCUAUCACGAUUGGAGAGCUAUCGUCCUUUUUGAUGUACACGGCAUAUGCUGGCUCAAGCAUGGUGGGACUCUCCGGCUUCUGGGGCGAAAUGAUGAAAGGAGUUGGUGCUGCAAGCCGCCUCUUCGAACUGCAGGAUCGUAAUCCAACCAUUCAUCCUACAGUUGGCGAGCCCGUGAAAUCCUUGCGCGGCCCAAUUGAGUUCAAAAACGUGUCAUUCAGCUAUCCAACUCGUCCAGCCGUCACCAUCUUCAAGGACUUGAAUUUCAAGAUAGAGCAAGGCAUGAAUGUCGCAAUUGUUGCCCCUAGCGGUGCCGGCAAGUCGACAGUGGCGAGCUUAUUGCUUCGGUUCUACGCUCCGACGGCGGGAACCAUUACGAUUGAUGGACGCGACAUCACAAAGCUAAAUGCAAAGCAGUUGAGAAGAAAGAUUGGGUUCGUCGGCCAGGAACCAGUCCUUUUCUCUGGAACCAUCGCAGAGAAUAUCGCCUAUGGUGUUCCAAAUGCAACGCGAACCGAGAUUGUCGCCGCCGCUCGUAAAGCCAACUGCCAAUUCAUCAGUGACUUCCCCGACGGUCUCGAGACGCAUGUAGGCGCAAGGGGUACUCAGCUAUCAGGUGGCCAGAAGCAACGCAUUGCCAUUGCACGAGCCCUUAUCAAGAAGCCGGACAUUCUUAUCCUUGAUGAGGCAACGAGUGCUCUCGACGCAGAAUCUGAAACUCUCGUCAACCAAGCCCUCGGAAAGCUCCUCCAGGAACGUAACACCACCAUUAGCAUAGCGCACCGAUUGUCGACCAUAAAGCGUGCGGACCGUAUCAUUUGCCUGAGUGCCGACGGCCACGUAGCUGAAGAAGGAACGUAUCAGGAGCUCGCGAACAACCCUAACGGUGCAUUCAGCAAACUCAUGGAAUGGCAGCUGAGCGGUGGCGACGCCGGACCUCAGAUCAAAGACCCCAGGCUCACUGUUGAAGAGGAAUUGGAGCAAGAUCUGGAACAGGAAGAUGAAGAGGGAGACGAACAGGAUGUGAGCAAAAACAAUCCCUCGUAG